AACCAUGCAACUCUCUCUCUCUCUCUCCUUAAAAACUUGUAAGAUUUCCCAGAACACCUCCCAAGCCCAUGUGUUGCCUCUUCUCUGGUCUGCUGCAUUGGACUCUGCUACAAUCUUCUGGGUUCUCAUCAAUGGGUUCAGGACUCUGGUUUAGGUCAAUCAUUAGCAUAAAAAGACUGAAGGAUGAUAAGUCCAAACAUGCAAAGGCUCGCUCAGCUACUGAUAAAGCAAACACAUCCAAGUGUAAGGAUGAUUACCAUGAAGUUUCAAGUAGUACUUCCAAUGGUCAUGCCAAUAAAAGUCUUGAGGUUCCUCCUCCUCCUGUUCAAGUUGAAGAUGCAGCUGCAACUCGGAUUCAAGCUGCAUUUCGGGCAUAUAGGGCAAGAAAAACGAUACUCCAUCUAAAGGGGACAGUGAAAUUUCACGGCUUGAUUCAGGAUCACACUGGCAUAGAGCAAGCAUCAACUGCAUUGAGCUACAUGCAUUCUUGGAGUAGAAUACAAGACCAAAUCAGAGCUCGCAGACUCCAUAUGGUAAUGGAAGGCCGAAUUCGGCAAAAGAAACUAGAAAAUCAGUUGAAAUUUGAGGCUAAGCUUCAUGAGCUGGAGGUUGAGUGGUGCGGUGGCUCUGAUACCAUGGAGGAAAUCAUAUCAAGAAUACAACAGAAAGAAGAAGCAGCAAUUAAGCGUGAACGAGCCAUGGCGUAUGCCUUCUCUCAUCAGUGGAGAGCCAACUCUAGCCAAUAUCUUGGCCAGGCUUCUUACAUUCUUGGCAAGGAAAACUGGGGUUGGAGCUGGACGGAACGGUGGAUAGCCGCUCGCCCGUGGGAGGUCCGAGUUCAUCCGCAUUCUACCGACUCAAACAAAGUCCUGGCAAAGCCGAGCAGAUCAUAUAAAUUGGCGAACCAGCCGGAGAAGAAGAUACCAGUUUCAGUUAAACCCACAAAAGCCAAGAACUUGGUCUACCCAACUGCUGAAAAAUAAGCUGCAUGCCCAAGAUUCAACACCCAGCUCAGAUUUUUGCUUACCAAUUAGUGCCAAGAAUGAUGAAUUGAUUGGGGUUUUUUUUAUAUCAUUUUUCUGGAUUUUGUGUGCAAAAUAAGACAACAAACUUCAUCAUAUUCUGGAUUGUCAGGAUUAGCA